AUCACUACGUUUGACGUAGUGAAACAGCAGGAAGUGAUACGAGCGGCUAACUGGCUAGCGCAAGGCUAGCGAGCAGAAAUGAAUCUACAUUUAGAAAAUAUUUCUGUGUUUUUUCACAGGCUGGAGCAAGUUUGACAUUUUGUCCACGCAUUGGUGAAGUGUACAGCCAUACAAGGAAUCUACAAUGGGCCAACAAAGAAGAGUGGCAGCUGUGAAUAAUCCUUUGUCUCAGGGAGUCUCUGGAGCUCCUGCAGAGUCUGUCAAGGCCUCCAACAGGAAGCACAACAUCUGCAUGGUGUCUGACUUCUUCUAUCCGAAUAUGGGAGGGGUAGAAAGUCACAUUUACCAGCUUUCCCAGUGUCUGAUUGAAAAGGGACAUAAGGUGGUAAUCAUCACCCAUGCCUAUGGCAGGAGGAAGGGUGUCAGGUACCUGACCAAUGGACUGAAGGUCUACUACCUCCCCCUGCAGGUGAUGUACAACCAGUCCACAGCCACCACCUGCUUCCACAGUCUCCCCCUGCUGCGCUGUGUGUUUGUCAGGGAACGCAUCACUAUAGUGCAUGCACACAGCUCGUUCUCCGCCAUGGCCCAUGAUGCACUGUUCCAUGCUAAGACCAUGGGCCUUAACACGGUGUUCACUGAUCACUCACUCUUCGGCUUUGCUGACGUCAGCUCUGUGCUGACCAACAAGCUUCUGACUGUGUCAUUGUGUGAUACCAACCACAUUGUGUGUGUGUCGUACACCAGUAAGGAGAACACAGUGCUCCGUGCAGCACUCAACCCAGAGAUAGUGUCUGUUAUUCCCAAUGCUGUUGACCCUACAGACUUCACCCCUGACCCCUCCCAGCGCCAAGACAACAGGAUCACUGUUGUUGUCAUCAGCCGUCUGGUCUACCGCAAAGGAAUUGACCUUCUUGGUGGAAUAAUCCCGGAGCUCUGCCUCAAACAUCCAGAUCUGCAUUUCCUAAUUGGUGGAGAGGGGCCGAAGAGAAUUGUGUUGGAGGAAGUGAGAGAGAAAUACCAACUACAUGACAGGGUGCGUCUGCUGGGAGCUUUGGAGCAUAAAGAUGUUCGUGGAGUUUUGGUGCAGGGUCACAUCUUCCUCAACACAUCGCUGACUGAAGCGUUCUGCAUGGCCAUUGUAGAGGGAGCCAGCUGUGGACUGCAGGUGGUUAGCACUCGUGUCGGGGGCAUCCCAGAGGUGUUACCUGAGGAUUUGAUUACCCUGUGUGAGCCCACUGUGCGGUCUUUGUGUGCUGGUCUUGAAACAGUCAUCACCCAGCAGCGGUCAGGCUCUUUUCCCUCCCCAGCCUCCAUCCAUGCACGUGUGCGGAACCUUUACACUUGGAGAAACGUUGCUGAGAGGACUGAAAAAGUGUAUGACAGAGUGGCCGAAGAGGAGGUGCUUCCUCUGGACAGACGGUUACGGAGGCUGAGGGCUCACUGUGGCCCCAUCGCCGGCUCCAUCUUUGCAUUUGUGGCUGUUUUAGACUUCCUCUUCCUGCUGCUCCUGCAGUGGUUGGUGCCAGAUCGGGUCAUGGACGUCGCUGUGGACACCACAGGCCCUCACGGACUGUGGUUGCAGGAAACAAGCAGUAAAAACGAAGCCCAUUCCAAAAGUGCCACGAAGCGAGCAGCAGAACGUCAUCAUAGUGAUCGCUCAAUACCUCCGCCUCACUUCUAGCUGCUUAUAUGAUGUCAUACAUAUGUCACCCUUAUUGUGCAGACGGACAUUUCAAACAUGGCUACUGAAUGCUGAAUGUGCUCAUGGUAACCCCAAACAUUGUUUACAUUUACUUAUCAAAGGGACCUUGUGUGAAAGCAUUUUAUCUGACACUUGGAAGGAGUGUUUUUAUUUUUAUAUUUAUUGAUUUAAAAUGGAAAUCUGUGGUAGUCCUUGAGACUUUAAUAAGCACUUUUUUGAUUUGGUAUACACAGUAUAGAUAGCGCUAACUAGAGGGAGUAAAAGGGGUGGUUUAUUGUACACUUACUGAUGCACAAAACUGCAAUAACAUAUUUCCAAUUUUGAUUUUGUAAUUUUGAUACCACAAAAUUCCCUCCUUUAUUUAAUAACUUUAUUUUUCUUCUCUAAGAUGUUACAUAUUUACUGUGUAUGACUUUUUUUAAGAUGAUCGUGUGACUCCCAGGCAGUCUGCUCCGGAAAAUAAAGUGUACCUUCAAGGUUUCA